AGAGACAGACAGACUCUUCACUGGUCACGCCCCGUCCCACCAAUAAUUCCGUUCCCGUCCAAAGCGCCGCUUCCCGCGACGUCCGCCACGUGGGUCCCCAGCGCCCGUACGCCAUCCGCACUCACCGACGCGUGGGGCCACCGCACGUGGCCUCACCUGUCAUUCAGGCGGCUCCGUUACCCGCCGCGGGGCCCUCCGCCCCCGCACGGUGAGACUACCGCCGGCGGGUCCCGCCCGGCCCGGCCCGGUAUAUAUACGGACAAGCGCCCUGCUGUUUCGCGUUUCCGAUUUCGCCAAAUAUUUAUAAUACUAGUGCUAUUAUAGUAUUCCGUGCUUUCUUUGAAAACUGUUUUUUGCGCUUCGUAAUCGUCUCUGCUUCGCUUCUCCGCUCCGCCUGUCGCCACCACCACCACCAACUCGCCGGAGAACUGUCCCGACGACUGCGCGCGCGGAGAGCUGUGGGGGCGCGGGAGAGGGAGGUAGUACUGGGAAUGGAGGAGGAGUCGAGGCUUAGCGGCGCUUUCUCGCUCCAUCUCUAGGGUUUGGUUGCUAGUCUGCCCCGGCUGGGGGCGUGCGCGCCGGCCUGGAGCUGGACUGGAGGUAGCAGCCAGCGUCCGGCUCCCCGUUGCAAGCAUUAAGCUGCGCGGCUGGAGUGCCCCCCCCCUUUGGCCCCGCCUCCGCGUCUUUCAACUCUGGUGAAGGUGCUGCUGUUGUGGCCUGCGCCAUGGAACCGUUUCCCCAGCUUGCGGCUGCGUCCACAGGUUGCGUGCACGCGUCGGGCUCCGGACUGUGACGCCGACGAGGGGAUCUCAGGCGCCCAACUGGUCCGGGGUGAGGCGCAGCGCCCGCAGGAUGCCAACCGAGCAGAGGCGCUACAUGCCCCCGGCCCAUUUUCUUCCGGCGGAGUCGGAAUCGUCCUCCUUCCCUGACGAGCUUCGCUUGCGUCCUGAGAGGCAAGUUGGACUUUUGAAGCAGGGUUGCUUUCCUGAGCAUGCUGGCAGAUUUGCUUGUUCUCCCCUGCAAAAGCUCAAGUGUAUUGGCGCAACAGUAGUGGAUCAGCUAGAUAUUAUGCAGCCACACAAGCUAAUGGACCAGAAAGUGCCAUUUAGCCUUGAUGACAAGUUGUUGGAUGUUAAGCUGCCACCAUCUUCCUGGAGAGAGGAUCAGGAUCCAGCAAACCAACUCGAUUCUUUUCCCAAGCCAUUGGUUUCACCUCUAGAAGGUAGAAGGGGAAGUGUAAAUGGGACCCAAUAUGAAAGUGGACUUUUCUCUAGCUCCCUUCCAGAAUUUUUUGACAAGAAAAUAAGAUUAACUCCAAAGAACAGAGUUGUUGGUCAUCUGGUUGGAAAAGUUAACCAUGCUGAUGAUGAACCAUUUGAGUUGACAAAGGAAAUCGAGGCCCAAAUAAUUGGCAACCUGCUCCCUGAUGACGACGACUUAUUGUCAAGUGUUUGUGGUGAUAUUGGGUAUAAUACCAAUGCGAAUAAUCAGGAUGAGAUUGAUGAUGAUAUUUUUUGUACUGGAGGUGGAAUGGAAUUGGAAGCAGAUGGAAAUAGCAAAUUGUUAAACUUUAAUGGUGGAGCCAGUCAGACUAGGUCAAUUGUCCAACUCAAUGGUGAGCGAUCCUCGAGAAUCCUUUUUGUCGGAAACAUUGAUAGCAACGUCGAGGAUUCUGAAUUGAAAUUCAUGUUUGAGCAAUAUGGAGACAUGCAGACACUUAAUGCUUCUUGCAAACAUCAUGGUUUUGUGAUGGUAUCUUACUAUGAUAUAAGAUCGGCAGAAAAUGCUAUGAGGGCCCUUCAAAGCAAGCCACUCAGAUGUAGGAAACUUGACAUACGUUACUCGAGUCCAAAGGACUAUCCUUUGGAUAAAGAUAUCAACCUGUCCAUGGUAAUAGUUAAUCUUGAAGCUUCGAUAACUAAUGAUGACCUGCACCAGAUAUUUGGUGUCUUUGGUGAAAUCAAGGAGAUUCACCCUACUUCAGAUAAUGACCAUUACAAAUCGAUAGAAUUUUUUGAUGUCAGAGCAGCUGAAGCUGCACAAUAUGCCUUAAACAGGAGUGAAAUUUCAGGAAAUAAAAACAAAUUGGAGCCUAGCUGUCUGGGUGGUACUGAACGUUUGAUGCAGCAGAUGUCUCGUGCAUUGGAACAUGAACAGUUUGGUGCAUGUAAACUCGGAAGCCCAAACAGUCCUUCAACAUGCUUUGGUUCUGUCAAUAUGGCACCCAUCAGAUCCACUAGCACAGAAAGUGGAACUGUUCAGGUUUUAUGUUCUAGAGUUCAGACACCGAUAAACCAAUUCCGAGAGGGAAGGAAUUUUCUGGAUCUUCCCUCAACUACCAUAAGUAGAUCCUCUCCUGUUGGAAUUACACCUGCAGGAUUACAAAGCGGCCACCACGCUCUUGAUGAGCACAUCCAUUCACUUGGAAAGAUGAAUGUACAGAACAAGGGACGAAUGGAUUGUGGAUUUCAAGAGAGUACUGCUUUCCAUCCUCAUUCUCUCCCUGACUUCAAUGACAGACUAAGAAAUGGUAUCUCCUAUAACUGCUCAAUACCUCCCAUCGGUGUUAAGAGCAAUGCUAGAGCUGCUGAAGCAAUGGAUGUCAGGCACAUUUACAAAGGAGGUUGUGGGCAUCUCAGCAAUCAAUCUUCUGCUCAUACUGAAGCACUUGGGUUUUCAAGAACUGGUAGCUGCCCUCUCUAUGGUCACCAACUAGCAUGGAGUAAUUCUAAUAACCUACACCAGCAGCCUUCUUCUCCCAUGAUAUGGCCUAGCAUGGGCCCAUUUACCAAUAAUAUGCCAUCUCGCCAGUUGAUGCAAGUGCAUGGAAUUUCAAGAGCACCAUUGCGCAUGCUUGAAAAUAAUAUCCCUAUGAAUCACCAACAUGUGGGAUCUGCCCCAGCUGUCAAUCCAUCAAUUUGGGAUAGACGACAUGGAUAUGCAGGGGAGAUGAUGGAAACACCAGGAUUCCACCCAGGGAGUGCUGGAAGCAUGGGUUUCCCUGGCAGCACACAUCUGCAUCAGUUGGAGACCAAUGGUAUGUUUCCUCACAAUGGAGGGACUUUCAUGGACCCAGCUAUGUCUCCUGUGCACAUGAGUGCUCGCUCUCCUCAGCAGAGGGGGCAUAUUUUCCAUCGAAGGAGCAAUGUGGCUCCUAUUCCAUCCUCUUUCGAUUCUGCUGGUGAACGGAUGCGGAGCCGAAGAAAUGACUCGAAUGUAAAUCAAUCUGACAACAAAAGGCUGUUUGAGCUUGACAUUGAGCGUAUAGUCCGGGGCGAGGACUCCCGGACUACACUGAUGAUAAAGAAUAUCCCAAACAAGUACACAUCAAAGAUGCUUCUGGCAGCUAUUGAUGAAAGUCACCGGGGAACUUAUGAUUUUAUCUACCUGCCAAUUGACUUUAAGACAUUUCAUGGGAAAAGGUGGGAGAAAUUCAACAGUGAGAAAGUGGCCUCACUUGCUUAUGCUAGAAUCCAAGGAAAAUCAGCUCUAGUUGCUCAUUUCCAGAACUCAAGUUUGAUGAAUGAGGAUAAACGCUGCCGCCCUAUACUCUUCCACUCUGAUGGUCCGAAUGCAGGAGAUCAAGAACCAUUCCCUGUGGGAUCAAAUGUCCGUUCCAGGCCUGGAAGGUCCAGGAUUUUGAGUUGGGAACAAAACCACCAGGACAUUGUGUCUGAUCAUACCAAAGGUGGAACUCCGAGCAGGGCUGGUGGCACUCCAGGUUACAUCGCCACGGAUACUGAUCAUACGGCUGUUGAUUGACGAACUUGCGACAACACCCGACAUUCUGACAAUUGCAAUCCAGUUUUUUUUUUUUUUGAAAUUGCAUCCUCUCCUACCUCUUUUUUCCUUUUGUUAUGUUGUAUCUAUAUCUACUUCCGCGUGAUAUUUUGGCACCGGAGGCUCUAGACGGCUGCAGAUUUGGUCGCUGACAAGUAGCGAGGAGAUGGAUGUUGUGCCGUCAGUUUCUCCUUACUUUGGCACAGACCCCUCAGCGGGAUUUUGUUGGACAGUUUGACCCCCUUUCACCAGGAAAGAUAUCCAUAUUUGGGGGAGUUUCCCUAUUGCUGUUUGGCAGUGCUGUCAUGAACAUUUUCCUAAUGCUGUGGAUGUGAAAUUUCAGAAUGAUCAAA